AAUAAUCAUACCAUCCAUAAUAGAUGCUUGGAAGGCCUGGUGGUAUCAAGUCAACGUUACGGCGUACCCGUCGGACACGCACUCAACUGAAUUCCAGAGUUGGUGUAUACAUUCCACACGCAUUAAUGGACUAAUUAUUAGUAUAUGAGAAUUCCAUCGCAAGAGUAAGCGAUUUAUUGCGGAGUAGUUCUGUAUUUAUAUGGCAAUGAUGCCCUGAUUCCAACUGCAGGACGGUGCCGGAUUAUUAACCAAACAAAUGCGUACCUGCCAGGCGUACAGAAGUAACGGAGAGAACACGACAGCCGGAAUCAAUUUUUCGGAAAAGACCAAACGCGAAAAUCAAUUAGGUGUUCAAGGCGGAUAAUACAGUUAGAUAUCGCUGUGGAGGAUAUCUUUGUAUGCUUCGAGGAGCCGGAUAUUUACUAUUACAUUGUACAGUGAACAAGGAGUUAUUAAAAAUUGACAGUUCGGCAUGGAAUAAGCAUCAUCGUAGCAACGGAUUACAAGCUACAAAUCUAUAUGAUGUCAACGUGAUGCCAGUGUGUUGUAGGAGAGGCCCCACUCAAUCGUUAGACAGCGGCAUUGUUUGUGGAGUGUCCUUAGCCUAGACUCUAGUAGAUUUACACUUGACGCGGAAAGUAACGGAUGUGGCAAAUAUUAUAAUAGACUAUAUCAGAUGUUUGGAGACCAGAGCAUACUAGAUUAACUAUAAAGCUGUCGUUUAUCAUUGGAGUACAACACAGCAAGGGUACCUACCAUCCAGUACAGAGGUCAGGCAUUUCAAGGACAUUGUUAAACAUAUGGCGCUGGUGUUAGAGGGCCAUAGCAUACUUGUACACACGUGUUUCUAUCAGUAACAUCUAUAAAAAUCAUUUCAAACAAUUUAAAAAAGAAGAUGGCGCCAGAGCUAGACUCCGAUGACAGCGACGUUGGAGAGGGAGGACACCGUGGGGACUGGAACAAAUACAAGGUCCGUUCUCAGAUCAACGAGGGCUAUAAUACCUCACAGAAAAAACGGGACAUCAUAGAUACAUUCUUUACGUAUGUAAAUAGAGAUUUGCUCAUAUGUAAACUCUUUUACUUUUUCUUUUUUGCUGCUUUCGGAUCUCUGUUUCCCCUCUUAGCCAUCUAUUUCAAACAAUUGGGAAUGAACCCUACACAGAGCGGUAUAUUGAUAGGAUUUAGACCAUUCGUGGAAUUUUGUAGCGCCCCCUUUUGGGGAAGCUUGGCAGAUAAAUAUAAAAAGGGCAAACACUUAAUGUUGUUUUCCCUGUUCUGUUGGAUCGUAUUCACUCUGUCAAUCGCGUUCGUUAAACCGCCUCCUCACCACUGUGUGGAAACUAAUAUAACGUACCAGAUCCAGAGCCCGCCAGGGUACGUGUCUCGUGAUAGCGUGCUGCGGGGCAGGCGCAGCUUGCAGCUGGGACGUGUGGUCGGAGAAGAGACAUUAUCAGAGUUGUCAAAGAGGGAUACAGGUUUGGGUAGUAUGAUGGAUAUGAUGAACAAGAGUGAAGGUGUAGCAUACAGUGUGCCCGGGAAGGUCCCCAAAGGUAAUACAAAAACUUCAGAUGAUUAUGUCAAGUUCAAACCCUUAACAGCAAAUCCAACUGCUAGGACAACAAUACAGGUCAAACCUACCCCAAAGACCCAGCUUUCACAUGCCAUUCCAACAACAGCUACCAUGCCACACGAUGCCGCAACAACCAAAUCUGGGGCAGCGGACGUUCCGAAGGGAAGCUACAUCAAACCAAAGUACAGCACCAUUUACUACGAAAAACAUGCUGUUCAGGAUGUGUUCUUCACGCUUCUACUGCUCGUGGUCAUUGGCGAAUUCUUCAGUGCACCAGCUAUAACUUUCGCUGACUCUGUCACACUCGCUUAUCUUGGUGACGAUACCGAUAACUACGGCAGACAAAGAAUGUUCGGUUCUCUCGGAUGGGGCUUCUCUAUGUUUUUCGUCGGAUUAGCGUUAGAUCAGUCGACGACAUUUCCAAAUCAUCCGUGCGGGCUACAACAUCAAGCAGAAAAAGACUACACGAUCUGUUUCGCCGUCUUUUCAGUUUUAAUGAGCUGUGCCUUAUUCACGGCAACUCAAUUUAAAUUCGACCAUCGGCAUGGCGGAGGGAAAGACUUCCAACUCGUCGAGUUUGUGGAAAAAGUCAAGGAUAGAGUUAUGGAAACGAUUACUGGAAAGCGACCCUUGGACAGAGGUAGUUUGUUCCGGGACGAAGAAGAUGAUGACAUCGACUAUCUCGAAUCAAAGGCAACAAUGCAAAAACAGAUGGAGACAGGCCAAGGCCGUCGAUCCUUAUACGGAGGAGGAUCCAAAUAAAGUACAACAGCGAAUGGAAACGGUAAAAACAUUCAAAUAUCACUAGAGACUCGUCAAGACAUGGUGUCUGACGUCACAAAGAAACCGGUGAGCAUCACAGGACAAGAGGAGGAUGACGACGAGCCAUUUUUGGGGAGAUGGAUUGCUGUCAUGAGGAUGCUUUCAACGUAUAAAUACAUAUCAGUGCUAUUUGUGUCCUGGUUCAUGGGGUUCGGGAUAGGCCUAAUAUUUACCUUCCUCUUCUGGCACCUACAGGACUUGGGUGGCAGCCCGACUCUCUUCGGAGUUGCUUCGGUCUUCAACCAUAUAUCAGAAUUGCUGGCCUAUUUUCUCAGCCGGAGACUCAUCUCACGUAUAGGACAUAUACGGGUUAUGUACGCAGGGUUACUUGGCAACGUUGUCCGGUUUAUGUACAUAUCAUGGCUGAAGAGCCCAUGGUGGGUCCUUCCUUUCGAGUUUGUCCAAGGCUUGACCCAUGCAGCCGUAUGGGCGGCGUGCUGCUCCUAUAUCACACAAGCCAUACCCACGGGGUUGCGCUCCUCCGCUCAAGGUAUCCUCCAGGGACUUCAUCACGGCCUCGGCCGCGGAUGUGGAGCGGUGUUCGGUGGCAUCAUGGUCUACAGCUACGGAGCGGAAGUGACGUUCCGAGCAUAUGGUGUCACGUGUUUGAUUUUGCUGAUCCUGUACAUUGUGAUGAAUUUCUUCAUCAUAGACCAUGGGAAGUUUUCAUUUGGUAGUCGUGAAAAACACGAAAUUCUAGAGGAGGAGGACAAUAUGUGUCACCUGGCACCGCACGGGGUUCCAUCCGGUAUGGCACGUGACCUAUCCAGCAACAAGCUUCGGGAAGAAGGUAUGACUAACUACGGAGCUACAAGCUACGUACCAAACGGACCUGGCGAUGACUUCUACCCGGAUAACUUUGACAAUGAUACACAGAGGAUAACUAUGAACGAGCCACCUGCAAUGGCCACACAAGUCUACCAACAACAGCCGUACAAUACAUUCGACCAAAGAUAUGGGCCAUAGGUGUUACAGAACGGACCUCGAGACCGAAGCGUUGGUUACACAAGACUACCAGCGACAGCCGUACAGUACAUACGACCAAAGAUAUGAGUCAUGUAUUUGAUAGAAAGAAACUCUCGACCGAAGCUUUGGCGACGCAAGGUAAUCAGACAGCCAAGCGAUAUCUACGACCAACGAUAUGGAAGCUAAAGUUUUAUAAAAACAAAAACCAAAGCUUUUGCUACACAUGUUUACCAGAAAUAGCUGAAAUCAUUAAUUAAUAGGAGCUUAUUCGAUCAACGGACCAUAUGUUUUAACAGAAUAGUAUUAGACCAUUAAGACCGAACAUAGAAUCGAUAAAACCAUUCAAAAGUAAACUUCUAUCAAUGUAGUCCAUCGAUUUAACAGAAUGACAUCCUCAUUACACUAUAUCAAUUUCGACCAAUCAUACUGACUAUAAAUCUAAUGCGAAAUUCUAACAACUAUUCUGAUACAUUAACUUUCUCUUUAUCAAACUUUCCUGGGCAUGCGAAGGACAACGUUGAUUAUACAAUCAACGCGAAUUUACAUUCGACCAUAGAACAUUGACACAAACAUUCAUUAGAGUUAUUAUUUAUCAUUGUUUGUAUAGCCAUUUAAAUCUCGUUAAUAGUUAUAUCGCAUCCGCAGUAGGCAGACCCCGUCUCGGAACGUAUCAUCAAAAUAUACACGUAUACAUAUAUCAUUGUGUAUCUCUUGGAUAUGGGAACGAUUUUUCAAAGUAGAAGGACACAGUUGAAAAAACCAUGAUUCUGUUCUAGAUAGAAUGCCACAUUUGAUGACCAUCUUCAUUCUUAUAGCUGUUUUCCUGGAAGCUGAAUUGAUAAAAUCCCUAAAGCACAUAGCCUUAACAUCGCUCGUACGUGUUUGCUUGUGUAUAAGCGUAACAUUUCUCAUUAACUGUCAUUUUGCCAGAAUUGUCUAUGUUAGUCUAUAUGUUUGGAUGCUAUGCCGAUCUGUGAACUUCCUAAUGUGUCGGAAUAUGUCGGAGAGUUAUUGGUGUAAAUACCAAUCCAUGUACGUAUCGUAAUGAGAAUGUUAUCGGUGUCAAUACCAAUCCAUCUAUGUGUCGUAAUGAGAGUUAUUGAUGUCAAUACCAAUCCAUGUACGUGUCGUAAUGAGAGUUAUUGAUGUCAAUACCAAUCCAUGUACGUGUCGUAAGGAGAGUUAUUGAUGUAAAUACCAAUCCAUGUACGUGUCGUAAGGAGAGUUAUUGAUGUAAAUACUCAUCCAUCUAUGUGUCGUAAGGAGAGUUAUUGAUGUAAAUACUCAUCCAUCUAUGUGUCGUAAUGAGAAUGUUAUCGGUGUCAAUACCAAUCCAUAUAUGUGUCGUAGGGAGAGUUACUGGUGUCAAUACCAAUCCAUGUACGUGUCGUAGGGAGAGUUACUGGUGUCAAUACCAAUCCAUGUACGGGUCGUAAGGAGAGUUAUUGGUGUCAAUACCAAUCCAUGUACGUGUCGUAAGGAGAGUUACUGAUGUCAAUACCAAUCCAUGUGCGUGUCGUAAGGAGAGUUAUUGAUGUCAAUACCAAUCCAUGUACGUGUCGUAAGGAGAGUUAUUGAUGUAAAUACCAAUCCAUGUACGUGUCGUAAGGAGAGUUAUUGGUGUCAAUACCAAUCCAUGUACGUGUCGUAGGGAGAGUUAUUGAUGUAAAUACUCAUCCAUGUACGUGUCGUAAGGAGAGUUAUUGGUGUCAAUACCAAUCCAUGUACGUGUCGUAAGGAGAGUUAUUGGUGUCAAUACCAAUCCAUGUACGUGUCGUAGGGAGAGUUAUUGAUGUAAAUACUCAUCCAUGUACGUGUCGUAAGGAGAGUUAUUGGUGUCAAUACCAAUCCAUGAGCAUGUCGUAUUGUUGGAUGUUUGUUUCUGUUUCAAUAGAACAAUACGAGUAUAGUUGUGCAGUUAUCUUAUAUCAUUAAGUAAUCGAUUGCUUUCAUGUCUGAUCCGUGUUCGGAGAGAAUGGAAAGCCAAGUAAAAAAGAAAACUGUGGCAAUGUGUUGAUUAUAUUGAUGAAUGUCAUGUCAUUGCCAAAUAUGGCACUCAAAGACCAAUGUCUGUAGAUCUAGUUUAUGUAUUAUUGUUGUUUUUUUAUGGUAGGAAUACGUCGCAACAAUAUCUGUAGAUUUAGCAUUCGUAUAGUAGACGAGUUAUGCCCCUUGAUAUGUGUUGAAAUGAUGUUGAAAUGUGAUUGAGCUAAGUCCCUUUUUAAAUGUUGAAAUGGGGAAGAGUUAUGUCCCUUUGUAGAUGUUGAAAUGUGGUGGAGUUAUGCCCCUUCAUAUGUAUAUAUGAUAUGGACAGAUUGUUUGUUAUAGGGGUAAUGUAGGAGUAGACUGAUAAUCAAUGUGAUAAUGUUUUCUUUAAACAAUGCAAAAUUUAGCUACAAAUAUGAUAAAUAUAAUGUUAUGUUAGUGAUGCAACCAGAUGCAUUUAUGAUGAGAUCAGAUUCAUUGUCUAUUAUUGUAAAACAAACGGUAUACUGUUCCUGAUACCAUUGUGAUUUCUGUAUGGCGUGUGUUGUUUACUAUUGUUAUUUCUGUAUGUGUAUUUGUGUAUUACAUGGCACAACGUAGGUUAUGUAGUCUGAGAAAGUUAUUUAGAACGUUAAUCUCAUUGCAGUGUUAUUCAAGACUUGACAUAGGUUAAAUUUUGUGCCAUAUUCCUGUAUUGAAAUAAUAUCAACAGCCGCGUCUUUUUAAAGGGAAAUAAUAGUUUCUUUAUUAUAAUAAUAUACUGCAUAUUUGAAUUCCUCCAAGUUCUUUUUAAUAUGGCGCCAUGUUAUAUGUGUUCAACAGUUAUAUUAAAUCACGUAGAAUGCACGAGUUAUGUCGUUAUUUCGAACCCUUGUAAUAUAAAGACGUCAUUUAUCAUUAUUGCUGUCAUAUUAUCAUAUUUAACCAUUAUCUGGGUUCAGUUUCCACAUUAUUCCUAACUUAAAUUUUCCCAACAGGAAAUCAUUACGGAAUUUGAGGAUUAAAGUUAAGGAAUGCUUGAUGAAGACGGGGCCUUGAAAGCCUAAUAGUUUUGUGAAGAACAGUUGCUGAUGUAGUCAUUCACUAGUUAGAACUGUAGCUUUAAUGAUGCACUACUAUACUGUAGUCUCCGACGUUCGUAUCUGACGCAAGUCGGGGUUUCCAAAGUUCACAACUCAUACUAAAUUGAGGAGUCUCCCACAUUCGUAACUCUGACGUUAGUGGGGGGUCUCCCGCAUUCGUAUUUGACGUAAGUGGGGGUCUCCCGCAUUCGUAACUCUGACGUAAGUGGGGGUCUCCCGCAUUCGUAUCUGACGUAAGUGGGGGUCUCCCGCAUUCGUAACUCUGACGUAAGUGGAGGUCUCCCGCAUUCGUAGCAUUGACGUAGUUGGGGAUUUCCCACAUUCACAACUCAAGACUAAAUUGAGGGGUCUCCCGCAUUCGUAACUCUGACGUAAGUGGGGGUCUCACGCAUUCGUAUCUGACGUAAGUGGGGGUCUCCAGCAUUCGUAACUCUGACGUAAGUGGGGGUCUCCCGCAUUCGUAACAUUGACGUAGUUGGGGAUUUCCCACAUUCACAACUCAAGACUAAAUUGAGGGGUCUCCCGCAUUCGUAACUCUGACGUAAGUGGUAGUCUCCCACAUUCGUAACAUUGACGUAGUUGGGGCUUUCCCAGUUUCACAACUCAUACUAAAUUGUGGAGUCUCCCGCAUUCGUAUCUCUGACGUAAUUUGUGGUCUCCCAGUCACUUAAACACUCAUUAAUUAAUAAUGCUUGGUGACAGUACAAGUAAUAUAGUGUGCAUACCUGGGUACAUGUGUUAAUAUAUGUAUUAGCAUACACCAAAUAGCAGUUGUCUAGAGUGUUUAGCGAUACUUGAUGAAUAUUGAAGUACAUUAUGAAGCCAUGUGUUUCAGCACAUAUGAUACAGUAGUAUAGGUCAAGAGGACACGUUUGUGAGGUAUGUCGUAUAGCGAUAGUGGUUAUAUAUACAUCACUUAAGGUAGUAUGUCCUACUACAUGUCUUGUACUUCCUCGUUAGAGGUACAACAGAAAGCGCUAGGUCUAUUUACCUUAAGAUAUAUCCAACUGGAAUUCGAUAGUUUAGAAUGUAAUUUAUACCAGGUAUGUUUCCGUAGAUCUUCCAUAUUCUUGUCUCUACAAUCAGUAGAUGGUGAAUAGCGAUAUAAUCGUAUUUGUUGUUUAAUCUUAAAGCUGGUAGUGUUGGAACCAUCAAAUGCAAUUUCAUAGUUAAUGAAAUGAAAAUAAAUUGCAACCUAGAAUCGUU